AUGACUCUAUGUCUCAGUGUGAUUUCUGACAUCGUUCCUCCAAAACUGAACUGGCAGAUUAAAGUUCGUAUACGAAGUUUGUGGAAAGUUCAUUCUUGGAAUGACCACAAUACUAUUACCAGUUUAGAAAUGAUUUUGAUUGAUGAAAAAUGUUCAAGUAUCCAAGCUUCGGUGAAAUCGACACUAAUCAGUGAAUUUGACUCAAAUCUUGAAGAGGGAUCUUGCUAUAUAAUUUCUAAUAUAUUGGUUGGAUUGCAUGAUCCUAAAUUUAUUAUGACAGACCAUAAGUACAAGAUUAACUUCAUCAAAACCACCAGUUGUACUAAGAUUGGAGAUGUUCCAUCCAUUCCUAAAACUUAUUUUAAAUUUGUAACUUUUCCUCAAAUUUUGACUGGGCUUGACCAAACACGUGCAAUAGAUGUCAUUGGUCACGUGAUUAAAAAGUUUGACAUGAAGGAAACAAUGAGAAGUGGAAUUAGAGUUAAACUCUUAGAUAUUGUGUUAGAAGAUUUGGAAGGAAAUAAUGUGGAUUGUACUUUAUGGGCUGAACAUGCUGAACAGAUGAACACUUAUUUAACUGAUAAUGGUUAUGAUAAGUCUGUGAUAGUCAUUUUACAGUUGUGUAAGCCUAAAAUUUUUCAAUCAAUUCAUGGCAUAUCAAAUGCCUUUAAUGGUACAAGAAUCUUUAUUAAUAGCAAUCUAAAGGAAUCUCUUGAAUAUAAAGAGAAGUUGGAGAAUGGAAAUAAGUCAUCAAACCAAAUGAUUAGUUAUGUAUCUAGCCAAAGCAACAAUGUUUCAAUGGAUGAUUUUCUUAAACAUCCGAAAAUGACUAUUUUUGAAGUUCUUCAAUGUUCUAAGGUUUCUACUGUUGUUGUUCUUGCCAAAACAAUUGAUUUUGACCACACAAAGAAAUGGUAUUAUCAAGCAUGUACUAGAUGUUCAAGGAGUGUACGUACAAAAAGUGGAGAUUUGUAUUUUUGUGAAAGUUGCGUCGAUGUUCUUCCAGCGAAUCCAAGAAUUAAGAUACAUGUUCAAGUUGCUGAUGUGAGUGGAUCUUCAACUUUUAUACUUUUUGACAGAUUGGCUACACAAGAAUUAGAAAACCCCAGUCUAAACCUGUUUGAGGAUAAUAAUGAUGUCACCUUAUGGCCUGCUGUUUUUAAUUCAUUGUUGGACAAGACUAUGCUAUUCAAGAUUCAUGUUUCCAAUGGUAAUAUUGAAAAAAAGUGGCAAAGCUAUACUGUGGUAAAAAUUACUACAGAUCAAAAUUUGAUUGAUCAAUUCAAAAUGAAACAUGACAUCCAUGACAUGAAUGAUAAGGAUGAAAUUGAUCAAGUUAGUAAUAACCAUACUGAAGUUGAAGACAACCUAUCCAAGGAAUCUAUUGCUGAAGAGUUUAAUCAUGCUUAUGACAAGAAUAAUAUUGAUGAGAGUACUCCAACCACCUUGAUGAAAGGAAAGAGGGUGUUCAGUGAUGUUGAAGUGCCGUCAACAACAAUUGAAGAGUGUGAUGUUCAAGCAUCAACCACUAAAAUGCCAAAGUUUGUUCAUAUUAAGAAGGAACCUGCAGAGUAG